CAUCUUUCUUAGUAAACAAUUGCUCUACUGUUGCAUAACUUUUAGCUAUGAAGGUCAUUAUCGCCUUAUUAUCUUUGGCCGUUGCCGCUCAAGCCGGAUACGUUCAGCCAACCUGGAACUCCGUAAACAGCCUGGCAUGGAACUCAUGGAAUGGAGUGAAUGCCUGGAACAACUGGAACACCAAGGGUCUGGUGUCUUAUCCUUAUUCCUCAGUUCAUGAAUCCUGGCCAGCAGUAAACAGCGUCUACGACAACGCCUGGAUCAACGGAAACGGAUGGUAUGGAGCGAAGCCAACCGUAGUUCAGGCCAAUGUUGUCAAGGUCAAUCCAUGGGGACUUCCAAGGGCGGGAUAUGGCUAUGGACAUGGAUACAACAACUAUGUUGCUCAUGGUGCUCCAGUCGUUGCUGCCAAGUAUGUUGCUGCCAAUCCAGGAUCAGUUCAUGUUGCACCAUUGGUAGGACAUGCCGUCAACCAGAAACUGAUUGUUGCCUAA